AUGGCAACAAGUGCGAAUGAGAAGGCAAAUCUGCUGUGGGGAAGCCCUGAGUCCGCAGAAGCCGAGAAAGCAGAGGGGCACAUUUGCCCGAGAGAAGCCAGUGAGAGUCAGGGUGGGUGGGAGAAAGAGGAGGAAGGAAAUCUUCCAGGGGGGAGAGAGGAUAAAGCUUUUCCCCAAGGAGGAGAUGUAAGGCAACUCUGGGUGCAGCAGAGAGAAGGGGAAGGUGAUGGGUCCAGGGAAGGAUUCACGGAGAGUGCCCAACCUGAUGCCCAGUGGAGCACCCACAAGGGAGAGAAAUGCCACAAGUGCCCUGACUGUGGGAAAAGCUUCAACCGGAGCUCGACCCUUAGUGCCCACCUGAGGAUCCACACCGGGGAGCGUCCCUACAUAUGCCCGGACUGUGGGAGAGGCUUCACGCAGCUGGCUCACCUGACCCAGCAUCGGGGGACACACUCAGGAGAGGAACCCUAUCGCUGCGCCGACUGUGGGAAGGGCUUUGGGGUCAGCUCCCGCCUGGUGGCACAUCAGAGGAGCCACACGGGCGAGCGCCCCUACAAAUGUCCCGAAUGCGGGAAGAGCUUCCGGGUCAGCUCAGUCCUGGUGGUGCAUCAGCGGAUCCACUCCGGAGAGAGACCUUAUAAAUGCACCGAUUGCGGGAAGAGCUUUAAUGUCAGCUCCAACCUCAUUAAACAUCAGAGGAUCCACACGGGGCAGAAGCCCUACAAAUGCACCGAGUGCGAGAGGAGCUUCAAUGAGAGCUCAGCCCUGAUUGCCCACCAGCGGCUGCACAAAGGGGAGCGACCCUACAAAUGCCCUGACUGCGGGAAGAGCUUCAACGUCAGCUCCAACCUCCUGGAGCAUCAGGGCACCCACAGGGGCCAGAAACCCUACAAAUGCCCCGAGUGUGGGAAAGGAUUCGCCCGCAGCGCCCACCUCUCACAGCACAGCCGGACUCACACCGGUGAGCGACCCUACAAAUGCGCUGAGUGUGGGAAAGGAUUUGCUGUGAGGUCCCAUCUGGCCCAGCACUGCCGGGUCCACACUGGGGAGAGACCCUACAAGUGUGCUGACUGCGGGAAGGGCUUCACGGCCCGUUCGUCCCUGACCACCCACUGGCGGACUCAUACAGGAGAGCGACCCUAUGAAUGCCCCGAGUGUGGGAAAAGCUUCAAUCAGAACUCGCACCUGGCUCAGCACUGGAGAACCCACUCGGGAGAACGACCCUAUCACUGCCCUGACUGCGGGAGAAGCUUUGGGGACAGCUCUGCCCUCAUUAAGCAUCAGAGAAUCCACCUGCAAAAGAAACCUUGUUAA